UUCAUUUAAGGAUGUUAGUUUUUCGAAAAUACAUCACCAUCCUUAUAUUCUGUUUAGUUGCCAUACUAGUUCCCGCUCAAAGCUCUUUUCUUCCACCUUGUGAACCGGUUAAUGAGACUGUGGCUGUGGAAAAGGAGGGCUGUCCAAAAUGCUUGGUAUUUCGGACCACCAUCUGCAGUGGCCACUGCUUAACAAAGGAGCCUGUAUACAAAAGUCCAUUUUCCACUGUCUACCAGCAUGUGUGCACUUACCGGGAUGUUCGCUAUGAGACUGUCCGAUUGCCAGAUUGCCCUCCAGGAGUGGACCCCCUUAUCACCUAUCCGGUGGCUCUCAGCUGCGAUUGCAGCCUCUGCACCAUGGACACAUCUGACUGUACGAUUGAGAGCCUACAGCCUGAUUUUUGCAUGUCUCAGAGAGAAUAUUUUCUUGAAUACUAGCCUCAAUUGACCACAAGAAUAUACCUACAGUAGUACUUACUAAAUUAUCCAAAAGAACACUUUACACUUGUUUCAAAUUAGAUUCAUAAAAUGUAUUAUAUUACAUUAUUGUAUACUACAUUUUGUUCUAAAUUUAUACAAUCAUAACUAUUUUUGGUUACAAUACCUCAUGAUGUAAUUAAGAACAACAUAAAAUAUUGUAUCUGAACAGUUGUUUCCAAUUUUAUUGGAAAAUAAUCAGCUAAUGACCAGAAAAUGUUUUUAAUGAUGUGAAAUUCUUGCAUAUUAACAGAACCUUAUUGAUGCAACAUUGUUUGUUAAAUCUCUGCCCUCAAAAUUAAUCAAAGUACAUCUACUGUACACACAUUAUGCUUACAAUAAAUGA